CCGACGGCGCGAUGCUGAGCUACGGCGCGGAGGUGCUCUUCGGCGGCGGGGGUGCCGCGUUUCGCAAGGACGGCGGCUUGCGCUCUGCGGGGCCGCCGGGGUUCUCGCGCUCCGGGGCGGCCUCGCUGGCCUCCAGCGGCUUCCACUCGCAGGCCUGGUCGCGGGGCUCGGCCGCGGUCGCGGCCUCGCGCCGCCGGCUGGGCUCGUCCACCGAGAGCCUGGAGUCGCUGGGCCCGCUGAACGGCGAGCUGCGCGGCGGGCGCAGCGAGAAGGAGGUGCUGCAGGCGCUCAACGACCGCUUCGCCGGCUACAUCGACAAGGUGCGCGCGCUGGAGCUGCAGAACCGGCAGCUGGAGGGAGAGGCGGCGGCGCUGCGCCAGCAGCAGGCCGGCCGCGCGGCGCUGGGCGAGCUGUACGAGCGCGAGAUCCGCGAGAUGCGCGGCGCGCUGGUGCGGCUGAGCGCCGAGAAGGGGCAGCUGCGGCUGGAGCAGGAGCGGCUCGAUGAGGAGACGGCGGCGCUGCGCCAGCGGCUGGACGAGGAGGCGCGCCAGCGCGAGGAGAGCGAGGCGGCCGCCCGCGCCCUGGCCAAGUUCACCGACCAGGCCCAGCUGGCCAAGGGCGAGCUGGAGAAGAAGCUGGCCGCCCUGCGCGAGGAGAGCCUCUUCCUGCGCCGCAGCCAGGACGACGAGGUGGCGGAGCUGCUGCGCCAGAUCCAGGGCGCCGGCCCCUUCGCCUUCGAGCUGCGCGAGGCCCCCGCCGUCCAGGCGGACGUCACCUCGGCGCUCAAGGAGAUCCGCGCCCAGCUGGAGGGACACGCCUUCAAGAGCUCGCUGCAGUCCGAGGAGUUUUUCCGAGUGAGGUUGGACAAGCUCUCAGAAGUUGCCAAGGUAAAUACCGAUGCCAUCCGCAAUGCACAGGAGGAGCUAUCUGAAUAUCGCCGGCACCUGCAGUCCAAAACAAUGGAGCUGGAAGCUCUCCGGGGCGUGAAGGAAUCCUUGGAGAGGCAGAGGCUCGAUAUUGACGAUCGCCAUCAGUUGGAGGUCCAGUCUUACCAGGAUACCAUUGCCCAGUUGGACAAUGAGCUGAGGAACACCAAGUGGGAAAUGGCUGCACAGCUAAGAGAAUACCAAGAUCUGCUAAACGUCAAAAUGGCUCUAGAUAUAGAGAUAGCUGCAUACAGGAAGCUGCUGGAAGGAGAAGAAUGCCACUUUGGAGGUGGGAUGGGAAUUUCCCCUUUCCCUGAACUUCCCGCCAAGGGCUCUAGCAUUCCCACUCACAUCAAAGUCAAAAGUGAGGAGAAAAUUAAAGUGGUGGAGAAAUCUGAAAAGGAGACCGUGAUUGUAGAAGAGCAGACGGAGGAAGUGCAGGUGACCGAAGAAGUGACAGAGGAAGAAGUGGGUGAGAAAAAAGAGGAUGAGAAAGCAAAGGAGGAAGAAGAAGGAAGUGAAGGAGAAGAAAGUGAAGAAGCAGGAAGAAAAAAGGAAUCUCCAUCUGCAGAGAAAACUUCAUUACCAGAAAAGAAGCCCACGCUGAAGGAAGAGGAGGCCAAAUCUCCUGAGAAGGUUAAGUCUCCUACAAAAGAUGAAGCCAAAUCUCCAGCCAAAGUCACAUCUCCUACAAAAGAAGAGACUAAACCUCCAGCCAAGGUGGUGUCACCAACCAAGGAACUGUUGAAAGUUCCAGGCAUGAAAUCAGUGGAGGAGGCAACUUCCCCUAUCAAAGAAGGAAGCAGAUCUCCAGCAAAACCUGGAUCUCCUGCCAAGGAAGGAAGCCAGACUCCAGAAAAGCUCAAAUCUCCAACAAAGGAGGCAGAAAAACCUCCAGCUGUGAAAAUUCCAGUUGCUUCACCAACAAAAGAGGACCUCAAGACUCCAGAAAAGCUCAAAUCUCCAACAAAGGAGGCAGAAAAACCUCCAGCUGUGAAAAUUCCAGUUGCUUCACCAACAAAAGAGGACCUCAAGACUCCAGAAAAGCUCAAAUCUCCAACAAAGGAGGCAGAAAAACCUCCAGCUGUGAAAAUUCCAGAGAAGGUUGCUUCACCAACAAAAGAGGACCUCAAGACUCCAGAAAGGCUCACGCUUCCUCCAAAAGAGGAAGCUAAAUCUCCAGAGGUCAAGACACCCACAAAGGAAAAGGCCAAAUCUCCAGAAAAAGAGGCAGCACCCCAAAAGGAACCAGCUAAGCCAACAACAAAAGAAGAGAAGGCACCAGGGAAAGAAGAGGAAGUGCCGGCCAAGCCCAUGGCAGAGGAGAAGAAACCAAGCAAGAAAGAAGAAGGGGCCAAGCCGGAAACCCCAGCCAAGGAUACCCCAAAGCCAGAAGCCAAGGAAGAGUCAAAGGAAAAGACAGAAGACCAAGGUGAGAAGAAACAAAGCCCCAAGGCAGAGUCACCUACCCCUGAUGGGAAAAGUGCAACUGCUGCUGCCAAGGCUGAGGAGAGCAAGGGGAAGGAAAAGACCACCAAACCAGCUCCAACAUCCAAGCCAGAACCAGAGAAAGAGGUGGAGAAAGGAACCAAGGAGUCUGGGCCAAAACCUCCAGCUGAAGAACUGAAAGCCAAGACCCUGAGCCAGCCAGCCAAGAAGGAAGCCGAGAAGGCCAAGGCUGAAGAGGAGAAAGAAGGACCAAAGAUGGAGAAAGCUGAGCCCAAGAAGGAAGAGAAGGAGAAACCUGAAGCAGGAGAGAAACCCAAGGAAGAAGCCAAGAAGGAGCUAAGCCCCAAAGAGAUUCCCACCCCAGAGGGUGCCAAAGAAACACCAAAGGCCACCAAGACGGAAAAAGUGGAAAAGUCCUCAGAGGUGGACCCCAAAGACAAGAAACCCACCAAAAAAGAAGAGAAGAGCGAGAAGUGAUCCGAAGACGCUGGAGGUGCUUGACGGGGCACCCGAGGAAUGGUGGGAGGCCCCCCGGUCUCAGGACUGUCUCUCCUCAAGGCCAGAUUUGGGUCAGGCAGUUGAGGAGCCUCCCCGAGGCUGGAAUGCAUGUUUGCAACACGUUUGUGUGAGAGGACACCCAAGCCCACCUAAGCGACGGUCCGAGACUCGGUGCAAAGGAGGUUCCAGUAUGUUAUGACCGCUUCCGUCGCCGAACGCGAUAUAUGCAGAGCACCCUUUAAGCACUUGAAUUAUUCAGGGUGGGGGGAGGGGGGAACCCAGAGCAAAACUUGACGGCCCUUCCCGGAGAAGGGCAUUUAUUUCCCAAAAGACGGGCAAGGAAGGGUCCGACGCAAUAACCGUGAAGGCAGGAGGUAGCAAGAAUGGCUGGAAUUCUGCUUUGGGGAGAUGCACUAGGCUAGAGAAGUCCAAACUGAUGUUUUCUUUUUAAAAAAAGAUGCCUUUGUCAUUUGACACACUCUGUUUUGGGGCAUCACUGCUGAAGGCCUUAUUUAGCUCUUGGUUGUCUCAGGAGGACAAGGCAUUUCUGGGGAUGUCUCUAGAGAAACACAGUUCAAACCUGGUGGUGUUGCCUUGUCCCCUCCAUUCAGCCCCGUUGCUGUCUCAAGGGGGUCUUCAGAUGUGCUAGUUUUGCCCAAGGGUUAGAGAAUUUGAAUUAGAGUAGUGUUUCUCAACCUUGGCCACUGGAAGAUGGGUGGACUUCAACUCCCAGAAUUCC